AUGGCUGGACGUCAUCCAACAUACAACGACAUCAAAAAUGAUGCAGCAACCGUGCGGUUCUCCAUGAAUGAAGUUGUGUUGCUUGUGUUUGGAAUGGGGGAAAAGCGAUACCAUCUCACCGAGGCACUGAACGGCUGUUUUGCAGUGUUUCUGAUAUCUCCCAAAGCCACCGUAUCUGCGCACAUCCCUCCGCAUCCUGGCGCCAACUGGGACGACUCACAGGCGGGAAACAAGAAUCUGAUUGCCAAAAUGAAAGAAUUCGCUGCCCUGUACAGGGAAAACGAACAGUAUUUUCACGGCCACAAAGUUGCCUUGAUAUAUGCGGUACUCCAUGGCAAGACCCAGUUGCCUGACAAGAAAGAAUUCAUUGAAAAGUGCCUUCGAGAAUUCCAAGUCGAUUUCCCACUUCAAGACUACGAAGUCAAAUCUCCUGGUCAGAAUCGUUCAGAAGAACAUGGUACCGCAUUCGUGGACGGCAAAGCUGUCACGGGUCCAGCCCUCUACCUCCAAGAUCAAUUGGUACUCAGGGUUUUCGCUUCGCGAAUCGAGACCAGGGAUGUCUUGACUGGGCCGGCAAAGAUCAGUACACCAAAGCCGACCCCACAACAGCCUCCUGCAGGUUCUUCUAUUGUUCAAGUGGUGCAUUCAAAUCCAAUAUUCCCCAGGGCUCCCACCUCCGCGGCGAUUGCACCUCCCGCUACCCAGCAAGAAAGUAAACUAGAGAUUGUCCCAAAAGCUACUCCGGCUCUUUCAAGCAGUUUUAACAAAAUUUCGACAACGAGGAAGCAAGAAAGGGUUUUCACACAUGUGAAAUCGAAGUUGGACUGGAAAAGCGGGGGCAGAAUUGUAGAAAUAGACAGCCAAACCCUCUUGAUCGGUAAAGAGGACUGGGAACAGAGUAUCAUCCAGGGUAACAAAGUCUGGGUAAGCAAGAAGUUUGGGCUUUCCACAGACUUCUAA